AUGUAUAAUAGCAAUACAACAAAUGUUAGACCGAUAUCUAGCAGUAUGGGUCCACCUCCCUUGAGUGCAAAUAGUGCAUCAAGAAGAACGAUAGCUGCUACAACAGGUCCACCUCCUUUUAAUCCUAAUAAUCGAGUUCCUACUGCUGUAGUAACAACACCAAUGCCGAUGGUUAACGGUGGACAACCUCCUAAUCCUUUCUUCAGACCUCCAUAUCCAAACAAUCCACCAAUACCUAAUGGUAUGAUUCCGAAUAAUAUGGGUGGAUAUAUGCCACAACCAAUGUGGUCACCAAACGUCCCUGUAACAAGUCCUAGUAUGAGAAAUCAACCACCUGUACAAAAUAAUUUUAUGCCUGUUAACAAUAAUAAUACUUCAAUGACACUAUCUACUCCAAGUUCAUCUGCAUCAAGAAAUAGAAGUGUAUCAAUUGGAUCAGCACCUGUUCCAACUGGUGAUCCGAAUGAAGCAAAAUUAUUUGAUGAAUUACUCACUACUUUCUAUAGUGAUCCAGUAAGAAUUGAUGAAAUUUCUAGGAUGGAUUUAUUUUGCAUUAGAAGUGCUUUACCAAAAACAACUUUUGAAGAAAUAGAUAUUUUCUCGAGCUAUUUUGGACAUGGAUCUAGUGUGGAUGCUUCUUCAUUUGGAGCUAAUUUAUUAUUGAAUGAUGAUAAUAAUAAUAAUAACAAUACAACACUUGACUAUAAUAAUGGACAAAACUCUGUAAUUUCCUCCUUACGACACGCAAUUAGAAAAUUAUAUUUGGAAGCUUUUCGUGAUGAUGACAAAUUUUCUGCCUCUCUUCUUUCCUAUCAUUUACUUUUAUAUAAGAGAUUGAAAAUUUUGGAAAAGGUUCAGGAGUUUCAACAUGGUAAAAUGAAUUCUACACAAUCACUGAAAGUUCAAUUUGAACAACUUCCUUCCAAUAAUGCUCUAAGUAUUGCUGUUGAUCAUAAUAUUGACAAACCAAGUACUUCUGUAAUAGCUACAUGUGCUCUUUCGAGUGUUCCUGUUAACACAACUGAAAUGACCCAAGUUGCUGAGCAUCAAUAUCAACCUCUUAAAAGGGAAGAUUUGGAUACUUUUACAAAGAAUUUAAUCAAAGCAAUGCAAAAGAGCGAUGUGAAAAAAGGUAUUUUUGCCAAACUGAGGAAGUCGAAAUCAGAAUCAAUUUACAAAAUUAUUACAAAGUAUGCAUAUCCACUAUGCUUACCACUGGAAAUUUUAGAUAUUGAAUCACUAAAUCCAGUCAAACAAUAUUUGGUAGAAUAUUCAUUGGAUAAGGAAAAUGGUUUGAAACGUAGAACAAAAUCAAUUCACUCCAUGUUGCUUUUGGCUUUGAGUACUGGCUCUUUAUUAGACAUGCUCCAAGUGUUACAAUGCCUUCUUUCACUUUCCGAGAAUCCUGACGAUCCUCUCAUUGAUGCAGAGACUGAAGACGAAGGAAGCUUUGUAAUGCGUGCCGAAACUCUAAAGCCACUACAACAAUUCCAAUAUUUGAUUAAGAUGCAUUUGGAUCAAUUAGAAAAGGACUCGAGUCAUACACCUGGGAAAAACAAUGACUUACCUACGUAUCUAUUACCUCAACAUAUUUGGAACGACCCUAACUAUUCUUUAAUAUCCUUCUCAUCAAAUGGUGUAUCAUUGAACUUUAAUUGGAAGAAACCUUACCUGACCGCAAAGCGACUUUUCCUUUUUUUGCUUAACCAAAUAGACAUGUUAGCGACCCAUUACUUGUACUGUGAAUCAUAUAGCACAAUUAAUUCUCAGGGAGAUCUAGUCAUAGAGCUGGGAGAUUCAAAGAAUAUUAACUCACUUCUCAAUCAUAGAGAGAAGUUUUUGAAAAAUAAGAUUAGUGCAAAUAUCAAAUUUUCUAUCGAGUUGGGAUCACCGAGAACCUUUUCGUCAUUACUAGAUAUCAUUGAUAGCAUGUUACAAAUUCAAAAUACCUCUAACAGUGAGCUUAAUGGAGUUAAAAACUAUUCCAUUGCGGCACUUUUCAGAAUAUUGCACUUGAAUGUGAAAGCAUUGAGUUUGUGGAAAAAAGGAAGAGAGAACGUUAAUCAACUUGUGCAGCAUCGUAUGUCUAGCAGUACAGGUUAUUCUAAUGUAAAUUUCAUCGAGUCUAUGAAGGGCUAUUUCCUUGGGUUCCUCAAAGAAAUUGACACUGAUUUGGAAACUAAUCAAGAUGGACUCAAAAGUUUUGAAACCAUCCACGAGGCCAAACCUAGUUCUCAAUCAAGGUCAAAAGAUCCAAACAUCAAGGAACAACCAAAGAAUCAACAAAAAACAACACAAGACCAAAAGAAGGAUGUUACAACUAAUCCUUUUAUUCUGAACUUGUUCGGAUCUACAGCAAAAGAGCCUGUUCAAGAAGAACAACAAACCAAUUUUGACAUCGAAGAGAAUGACGAUUUUGUUGUAAUUUCAACAACACCUGGUCAUCCAAAUAAUAGGGAACAACCACCAACACCGGAGGAAGUUAAAAAUGUUUCAAAGUAUAGAUCAAUACUGGCAGCCUUGGCACCUCAAACUUUCAUGUCUAAAUUUAUUUCUGAAAAGAUGUUGGACAUACUAGUUACUGGAUUUUCUAUUUUCUACCCAUCUCCCGAAGAGCAAAGAUUUUUCUUAGAAGAUUCAAUAAGUAUAUUAUCGAAUGGUGGAAAAUCGAACAGCACAAGCUUACUCUCUUCUUCUACAGAAGUUCCUUUAAGAAGAAACUUUUUAAAGAAGUUAUUAGAACGAUUGGUUAAUGAUUUUACUCUAUUUGAAAAGUUGAUUGCUAAUGGUAUUGGCAUGUCUGAUGUGAGUGUGGUGAUCCCAUUCACAGAAAAAUUAUUAGAAUUUAUCAAACGUCAAGAACAAUUCAAAAUGGCAGAAGUUUUAUCUAAACUCUCCAAGUUUACACCAGAAAAAGAUAUCAAACCAAAUGAUAUUUACAUGCAUGAGGAUUUGGAAAUUAUUGCAAAUCUUGUCAAACAACUGAUGAUAAUGUGGCAAAACUUUUUAUUCCAUUAUGUUCACUCAAUUUUUAGUAAGAGUUCUGUUUCAAACAACAAUGGUGUUGUAAAUUCAAUCUUGGGAACAAACACUGGAAAAGUCCUGUUUGAAUACUCUAGACUUAUUCUUAAUCAAAGUGAAGAAGUUUUAAAUGAAAUGUGUAAAAUCUCAGCUGAAAUUAUUGAAGUGAAAUCAAAAGUUGACAAAUCAUCUGUUGAUGAAGUUAAUUCCCUAUUAACGAUUGGAAUUUGUGAAGGUAUUCUGCAAAAAGGCGCCACAGGGUGGUUAUGUUUCCCUCUCUUGCUUAACUUUGCUAAAUUCUUGUGGAAGGGUAGUAUUCUUAGUAAUUCUAAAUCUGCAGCUGGAAAUGUUGUUAUAGAAUCUCAAUUAGAAAAGUUAACUCAAUUUUUAUAUCCUCCUGUGGUUAAUCUCUUGAGAAUGAUAGAUUUGCUUUGUCAAUUCUGUGAUGUUCAAGAAUUCAAAUCUGAGGCCGAAAGGUUAUUAAUUGACUGGACUAUUGUAGAAACUGAACAUCCAUAUGAUGGUAAUGUUACUGAUUGGAAAGAAGUUAAUUUUAUAGAUCCUAACAAUAACAUUAUCAAUGUGGGUAUCAAAUUUGAUCCUAGAUGUAUUACCUCUGGUCCUGAAGAUCACCUUAGAAUUAACUCUUUACAAAAAAUUGCCAAUCUUCAAGCUUUACAAUUCUCAGGACAUGGAACAACAAUUCCAGUUAAUCCUUUAUUAACAUGGGGAGCUGGCAUGUCUUGCAGUUUCAAGAGCGGUAAUUUUGCUCUUAAUUCAAGUGAAGGAGGAAAACAAGGAAGCAUGUGGGGAAUGAGAUGUCUUGUAGUACCAGUUAGAAGUUUCUCUGCACCUCCAUUGUUUAUGUACGAAUUUUCUAAGUUAUUAGGUCACAUUGGUGGAAGAUGCAGUACUUAUUUGCUUUCAACCUAUCCAUACAGUAGUGAUGAAGACAAGUACGUAGAAUGGUUGGAAAGCAAGAUAUUUGCCAAUGGAAUCAAAGGAGAAAUUGGACAACCUACAGAGCAAAACACAGAAAAACAAUCAAAUAACAAUAAUAAUGGUCUUUUGCUUCUAAGAAUGGAGGAAGACUUCUCCAAGAAUUCAAUGAUGUACCAACAAGCAAAGACAAUAGCACCAGGCAAAUUCGGUUCAAAUCCAUAUGAUCUCAUCGAAAAAGUUGACGUAGAUAGCUCUUCGAGUGACGUAUUAGAUGUUGCUGACAAAUUCUUAUUGGAAAUGAUCGAACCAACAUCAAAUACCUCUGCUCCAAUCAACUAUUGCAAUUACAUGUAUCAAAGAAUUCUCAACAAGGAAUCAUUUACACAAAUGAUGCAACAAGUACCUGAUGUUGUCUCUGCUGAAAGAGCAGUUAUUGCAGCAGUUUUAAAGCAUACAGGUUUGGACUCUCUAGCAAGAAAAGUUUCAGAUGCUGUUGCUGAAAGCCCAUUCCUUCUUUCUGAGAAUGUUGAUAAGGAUUCAUACGAAAAAUCCAUGUCCCUCUUGGAUAUUAUGUUCAAGAAUGGAGAUUAUGAAAAGUUGAAAUUAAUGUGGAGAAAAGUUGGAAGAACUCUAAGAGAGUGGAUGAUCAAAACCAAACAACAAAAGCAACUGUCUUACCGUGAUAUGAGAGACUUUAUUGUUCAAAAGUGCAAAUUCUUGAUUUCUCUUGAGAGUGCAUUUAUGAGUACGGUCCCAUUAGAUGCCAGGGAUAUUGGUACUACAGAGAAGUCUUCUUUAUUCAAGAAAGUACAAAGUCCAAGAGCUGUGGAGAAAUCUUCAUUAUUUUCUCAACAACUUACACAUAAUUUUGUAUUCAAUCGUUUUAAGAAAGGAAAUAUUGGCGGUUUUACAAAUAUACUACCAAGUGAUGAUUUUGUUGGAGAUAUUUCUUCACAGAUUGUCAAAUUCAUUCAAAGUGAUAUCAUACCAGUAAGAAUUCAAAACUUGAUGAGAAUGAGAAGUGAAAGAGCAUUGAAUAGAGCAACAUCUCUUCAAAUGUUUAGUGAACUUUUGCAAAGCACUCAAUUUGCUAGUGUUAAAGCUGAAAUUGUUCAUGGUAUUAAAGCUGUUAGACAAAACAGAUCCAUGAAGAAGAUAGACUCACCAAACUUCCACUACUUCAACAAUGUAGAGGGAAGUGGCCCAAUGUAUUCAGAUAUUUUGAGCUCAAGUCUUAGCGAUUUCUUAAAGCAAUUGUUCUACCCUCUGGAUUCUUGCAUUUCUACAUCUUCACAAGAAGAAAAGGAAAAGCAACUAAGAGUCUUGGUUCAAAGUGGCUUGUUAAGAGAAAUAUUAGAUAUUUGCUUGAUAUCUUUCAAGCACAAUGAUAUCAAAUGGAUUAUGCAAUUUGAUUUCUUAGAAAAGCUCUCCUACCUGAUGUAUAAUACCAUCUCAACUCCUGAACAGAACACUGAUAAAUUUAAAAGAAGGGAUGGAUUCACAGAGGAACAGAAAGAAAUCAAUAAGAAAUCUUGGAAGAUAUUCAGACUUUUAUCUAUCAGAUGUGUGGAAAUGUUGGAAGAAAAUGCAAUCACUGAUCCAGUUGUAGAAUCUCAGCUGAAUGAUUUGAGAGAUACUGUCUUUAACUUGUUGUUCAAGGAUUUGAAGAGAGUAAUCGGCGAUAUGAAUUCUGAAAUUUCUUCAGAAGUUUUAGAAGAAAUGCUUUCUCUCAUGGUUUCUCUUUCUAACACACCAUCAGCACAAUCUUGUUUAUCAAGCGAAAGAUUCCAACAAUUAUUAUUACCACUGUUGAGAUUAGAAAGCUAUCCAAAGGUUCAAGAGUUAUCGCUCAAAUUAUGUGGACAACUUAUCACAAGCUAUGGAGAGCUUUCUACUGAUAAUAACUAUAGUGAAGGUUUGAAAGAAUUACUAACAAUAUUAUUCGAGUUCUUGGGAGCCUAUGAGACUAAACAAGUAACUGGCGACGCUUCUCUUGUCAAUGACAAAGAUGGUAGUGGUUCUAUUGGUAUGAAAAUGGCCAAAGAUAUCUUCAACUUGAUAAGAAAAUUAUUCAGGGAUAUACCUGUUGAUGAUCAUUCAUCUGCACCUUACUUUGUAGGAGUACUUACUUCAUUAAUGGAUCAAGCUAUUAAUCUCUCAACACAAAAUAUAAUACAGAGUAUCAGGAAGGGAAAAACCUCUGUUUUGAAGGAUAUUCAAUUGGUUUACUCCACUUUGACAGUCCUUAACGGAUUUAAUUGUGUUCCCCAAAUUGGAGAAAUUGUUAAUGUAGAUAUGAAUGGCAGAGUUGAAAAAGCUAAAGUUAAAGAAAUUGAGGAAACCUAUCACUUGAUCAAAAUUGAACUAUGUGACAAGACAGUCAUUCACAGAGAACACUUUGUCUCUGCUGAGAAUGUUAAGGUUGAAACCAACCAACCAAUUGAAAAGUUUGACUUACAAAAGCAACAUGUACACUCCUUAUUCAAAUUUAUAACUGAGUUGGGAGUUAUGGUGAAUGGUACUGAUUUAAGUUUAGAUGACAAGAUUCUAUACUCUAAUUUGUGGAUGAGAUCAUUACGUUGGUUAUUGGAUGCUAUUUCCAUUCAAAAUAACUAUUCAACUAUUGUUACAGAAACUUUACUUGGUGCCGAUUCUGAUUAUGCUAAUAUGCUUGAAAAACUUGUUGGCCUUGGAGAAAAAUCAACUAUUUACCAAACACUUGCUAAUGAAACAAACAAGUCACUCAUAACCUAUGGUAAAGAUCUUAAAUUGGAUUCUUGCAGUUUUACAUUUACAGGAAAGAAAUUCCACAAACAAUACUACUAUAGUUGCCAAACUUGCAGUAUGAACACUAACCAAGCUGUUUGUGCAUUCUGUGCCAGAACUUGCCAUAGAGGACAUCGCUUGGGUACUUUGGAAGUUGGUGAUUUCUAUUGUGAUUGCGGAGCUGGAGAAGCUGCAGCAAAGACACACGGAACAUCUAAUUGUAAGAGUUUAAGAAAUGCAUCCCCAGAUCCAAUUCUUACAACCGAAAGAAUGGAAAGUGUAAUGCUUCGUUUACAAAAAUUAAUGCCAAUAUCUUCCAAACGAAAUCAAGCAGAUACACUUGAUUUGGUACCGAACAGUCCAAAUAGUAGUACUGCUUCACAAAACAAUCAACCAGUUCAAAAAGGACCUUCCAAAUUUGUGGUAACCAACACUCUUGUACAAGAUGGGGUACCAUACACAAUUAAUAAUGCUCCAGGAGAACUUCCACUCAUCACUUUCAAUCCAAUGCGUUUGUACUCUCCAAAGCAUUCUAUAAUUGCUACAGACUUUUCAGUUCCAAUGAGCUGGCCUGGUUUUUACUUUGAAGUAGAACUUGUGGAUUGUGGAGAAAGUUUUGCAAUUGGUUUUUCAUUACCAUUUAAUCCAACUAGUGCCAUUACCUACAAGACAAUCUUCUCUCAAACACAAAAUAUGUACACAUGGCAUACAGAAGCUGGUACUUUAUACAAAGGAAAUACUAUUGUUAAAAACUCUUAUCCAACUGCUUCAACAAAGGAUGUCAUUGGUUGUGGAUUUAUUAGAGAACAAAAAACUAUUUUCUUUACUAAGAAUGGUGUAAAUUUAGGACCUUCUUUCCAAAAUGUUGAUUUAAUAACACUCAGUCCAAUUAUUGCUAUGAAGGGAAAGAACGUACAAGCAAGAGUUAAUGUUUCUAUGAUUAAGCCAUUCCAAUUUAACUUGCCAAGAAAUUUCAAGUUGCUUGUUCCUGUAUAUUAUGCUAUUAACAAUCCUACAUCAGAAAUUGUAGAAACCAAUCAACCACUGGGUAAGCCUUCUCAACCAGUUGUUCAAAAUGAACUAUCUGUCUUUGAAACCAGAGUCAAAGAAUUGAAAUCAGUUGUUAAUGGACUUUACACUGAAGAUGAUAUCAGAAGAGUGUUAACCUCUCUCAAUAAUAUGGAAGGAAGUAAUUUGAACAUUCUUAACUUUGCUUUAUCCAUUUUACACAGAAAUAUGCAACCUCAAGUUCAAGUCAUUUCUAAAACAAAUGCACCAACACAACCAGAGGCUGUUCCUGUUCUAAGAUUACAAUUGGUAGAACAAAUGAAGUUGAUGGGCUUUACUAAUGAUAAGGUUUGCUUGAAAGCUCUUCAACUUGCCAAUGACGAUAUUAACUUGGCUUUGAACUAUGUUUUCGAAGGUGUUGUUGUUGAAGAUACACCUCCACUUAUUCCUAAUAUGGCUUCUAGCAGCAGUAUUAGCAUUCCUUCUUCUAUUGCUCCUCCUGCCAAUCCUUUUGUUGAUAGAGAAGAAUUCAUAAAGAAGAAUGAAAAGAGUGUAAAUGACAUUUUACUCUUUGAAAAUUCUGGUGUACCAUUGCUUGGAUCAGAAUGUAACAACUCUGAUAUGAAACAAAGAUUAUUGAAAGCUAUGCUUCAAAACCCAGACAUGAAAAUUAACGAAAAUAACUUUUGUGAUUCUAAUAAUUUGAGAGAGGGCGAUUUGGUUGUUGUUUCACCAAGAAUUGUUGCUGUUGCUGAUAAUAACAGUGAUUCUGGAUAUGAUCUUUCUAGAAAUAAGAAGACUGCUGCCCUGUCUAAACUUCGUGGUAAACUUGGCGUUGUAUCUCGUAAGGUAACCUAUGGCCCAUACGUUAUGGUAGCAGAGGAACAAGGUGCUGGAUCUAUUGUUACAGAUUUGGUUGAAUCCAAGAAUGUCUACACAGCUCCACACGAGCUCAAAGGAAUUACCAUCAAUGAUGUUCCUGCAAAAUGUUUAGAAUUCUAUAUGGCUUUAUCAUCAACCUAUAUCAGAACAACAAUUUUGAAAGCUUUGAUAAAGGCAUCAGAGAUGAAAAAUUUCAAAAUGGAUCUACCAAAGACCUUUUCAACAAAGAAGAAUCUCAUGAAAGGAUUGAAGCUAACUUUGAUAGAUUCCUAUCACCACUUGGAUACCGAUUAUAACUUUAUUUCUUCAUAUACCAAUAAUGUUAUUCUUGAAAAGUCCGUAGACUAUGAUAAUAAUUAUACAUUUGCCAAUAAGACAUUACCUGCUAUAGAACAUUUUGAAUCUUGGAAGAAUAUGGAAAUUACUAAUUCUGAAAACAAAGCUUCUGACAUUUUCUUGGAAAUUGAAGAAGAAGCACUCAAUGAUCUAAAUGCUUAUACUCUUGGACUUAAUAACUAUAGAAAAUAUGAUUAUAGAAAAGAUAUGAAUGUAUUGCACCAACAACCUACACCUUACAAGCAACAUUUUAUUCAAUUUUAUGGUGCCACUUCUAUUGCUAUUAUUUUGGGAGAAAAAUUUGAAUUACCAACAACAUUGGACUGUCUUACAUUCUAUUUUGAUAGAAAUGGUAAGAAAGUUGCAUUGCAAAUCAAGGGAGGUACUCCAGUUCAAGACAGAUGUCUCAUCAUCACAACAAAUAAUUACAAUUAUUUCAACCAAACAGAACCUUUUGCCAAUCAAGCACAACUAUACUUUGAAUUUACUGGACCAAGCGUAAGAGAAAACAAUGGUGUUACCUUCUAUGCAGCUCCUUACACUACAAAAUUAUCUCAAAGGGAUGCCUUCCUUCAACCAAAUAUGCUCCUCUCUUCUUUAGUAUUGAAGUACUCAGCCAUCAGUAGAAAAUCAAGAAAAGUUGAUUUUACUGCAGCUCUUUACUUCCCAAUCAUGGGAAGAUACCUGUUAACACCAUUUGCUCCUUUCAAGGGUAUUGUAGCUGAUGCUCUUUGUCAAUUAGACUAUAGCAGUCCAGUUAUUUUCAAUUCUCACAUAGAUCCAAUGUCUCACACUGGUAUAAGGGAUAGUAUUGUUAAAAGUGGUCCAGCUUAUGCUCACUUGUCAUUAUUGAAGAGGUUUAGAGUUGAAUUGGAAGAUUUAUACAGAAAAUAUUUGAGAUAUAAUGAAACUUCACCUCAUGCCCUCCAUAAUUUCCACGCUCUGACUGAAUUUAUGACUGUCGUAAGAAAAUACCUUGUUAGUGACUUGUGUCAAUCCAUGUUCCCAAGUGCCUCAAGCAGUUUAUCUAAUUUACCAACUAACCUUGCAAAUAUAUUAGACAAACAUCACAUGUACAGUUGUAAGUUAGAUCAACAACAUUAUGGAAGAACAGUUGAAAGAGAAACCCUGGCAUGUACCAGUUGUACUCAUAGUGUUGCUAAGCAGUUAUCCAUGUACGAAACAAAACCUUCCUCUUCUUUUGCCAAAUAUUUUGCUAAUGAAUCCACCAAAUGUCAAUCCCAGGUUGCUAUGGAGUUCCAAAUCAAGUAUGAUCACGAAAACUCAUGUAAUGUAGCAACAAGUAUUGUUCCAAUAGGAACUACAAGUGAAUCCGUUUCAAAACUUUUCUCUAAGGAAGAUAACUUGUUACAAGUUAACCCAUCAGAUUGGUUUGAACAUGUAUCUUGGGUUGACCAACUCACAAUUAUUAGAGAAUUUUUGGAAACAUUCACAUCUAAUAAUGGUAGAACCUUCCCAGAAUGGACCUUGUUUGAAUCGAUUCUUGAGAAGAGAAAGAAGGUCUGUUACAAGGAAAGCAAACAUCCAUACUCUGUUGUUAAUGACUCUGAUAAGAUUAAGAUUCCUGGAGCCAAGACCCUCUACAUUACCUUUGAUAAACACAGUAAGACUCACAAGUGUGAUCGACUGCUCUUUAGUACUAAGAAGGCAGGCUCUGACGACUUGGGAUCUUUCGGUGGAGAUGAGUUGAAAGACAAAACUAUUGUUGUACAUGGUACAGACUCUGUUUACUAUGAUUUCACUUGUGGUGGAGGUGAUCAUGACGUUAAAUGCUCUGGAUGUAGAUCUAAUAUUUCUGGAGUUCGUUAUCACUGUGUCGAAUGUGAGGAGUAUGACCUUUGUGAAAAAUGUGUUUCCAAGCAAGGAAGAGUUCACUCUGAUUUGCACUUGUUCCUUAAAAUUAGAAGGCCAGUUGAUUGUAUGCCUGCUAUGAUUCCUUCACUUUAUACUCCAAGAUGGAGGUCUACCUCUCAAUUCAAAGGAAAUAUUCACGUUGGAGUUAAAUGUGACAAUUGUGGUGUAAAUCCAAUCAAGGGUAUUCGUUAUUGGUGUGAAAAUUGUGAAAACUUCAACCUUUGUGAAAAGUGCGCUGACACUGAGUUCAAAUACCAUGAUAGAAUGCACAUUUUCUUGCGUGUUGUUAGACCUUUACCACCAAAGAAUCAAAUGCCUGCCAAUGCUCUUCCAUAUGGUCUCGUUUAUGAGAAAGAUAUGGAUUCUCACUGGGGUUAUAUGUUUAGCGUUUCUUCCUCUAUUGAAGCUUGCCCUAGAAUAUCACAAGUCCAAAAUGAGAUUGAUGAAAUAAGAUCUUUAAUGAAGAUUGGAAAGGAUAAUCAACCUAUUGGGGAAGACGAUGUAGAUCCUGUCGAGUUUGACAAGCAACUACUCGAAUAUGUUGAAACAUAUAGCAACGGAUGGCAAUCAUUAGAAUGGAAUCAACUCUCACCAAAGAAAGAAGAAUUAACUAAUUUACCGCUACUUGAUAGAGUCCCUCUCAACAGACUUAGAUAUAGAUUCGUUCUUCUCAAACUUUUCAACAGAAGAAUUUCACGAGUUAUCAAUAUUUUAGAUUUUACAAAUACUUCAAAUAUUGAGAGAAUGAAUGACUCAAGAGCUGUAACUAUUACAGACAUGAUUAGUCAACAAUUGAGAGAUAGAAUUUUCUAUUCUGUAAAGAUGGAUGCUUGGCAACAUACUAUCAUGAAGUCUCAUGUAACAGUUGAUCCUAUCCAUUUGAAGCUCAAUAGACAUUUGGCCUCUGAAAUGCACCCAACAGAUAGACAAAGAAAUGCCUUCAAUUCUCUCUUUAUUCAAGCUUUCAACCAAGUUAAAUCUAUGCAUCCAAAGAUUUUGAGCAGAAAACAAGCCUCAUGGAAGGUAACAUUGAUUGGCGAAGCAGCUGAUGACUAUGGUGGACCUUUCAGAGAGUCUUUAUCAAACAUGUGCCAAGAAUUGAUUGCUAAUGAUCCUUCUGUUUUGGAUUUAUUCAUCCCAACUCCUAACAAGGUUUCUGGACAAGGUGAUAACAGGGACAAGUUUGUUCCAACUCCAAAGAGCACAAGUGAUCAACAUCUCAAGUGGUAUGAAUUUGUAGGAAUGUUAAUGGGUAUUGGUAUUCUUACGAAGAACGUUUUGCCAUUCGAUUAUCCUUCCUUAAUUUGGAAAAGUCUUGUUAAUGAAAAGAUUGGUUGGACUGAUUUGAGAUCCUUUGAUGAAGAAAUUUACAAUGCCAUGAAAUCAAUACUUGAACUUGGAGAUGUAGACGAUUCAGAUUAUGAAUUGAAAUCAAUUAUGGAAGACAGUUUCUCUCAGACCUACUAUGGAAGAAUGCUUACCACAAUGGGAAGCGACGGCAAAGAAGUAGAGCUUGUACCAAAUGGUACUAAUAUUGAACUUUCCUAUAAUAAUAGAAAACAAUAUGCAAACUUGAUCUAUGAUUACCGAUUAACUAAAGAGUUUAAUUCCCAAUUGAAUGCCAUCAGAAAAGGACUGUUCAACAUGCUCACUAACAGAUACUUUAGUCUCUUCUCUUGGCAUGAACUGGAAAGAAACGUGUGUGGUAUUCCUGAUGUAGAUGUUGAAAAAUUGAAGCAACACACAAUUUAUGAAGGAUACACAAUCCAAAGUAGAGAAAUCAAGCACUUCUGGGAAAUUAUGCAAGCAUUCAGUCCAGAACAGCGCUCACUUUUCCUCAAAUUCGUCUGGGGUAGAGGUAGAAUGCCUUACAAUGAGAGUGAGGCCUUCUCCAAUCCAAUGAAGAUUCAAAAACUUGAUAGACCAAAUCCUGACAUUGUCUUGCCACUUUCGCACACUUGUUUCUUCUCUAUUGAGUUGCCAUCCUACUCUACAAAGGAAAUUAUGAAAGAAAAACUCUUGUAUGCCAUCAUCAACUGUAAAGCUAUUGAUAUUGAUUUUACUACAAGCGCAAUAGAAGCUCAGAAUUAUUCUAUUGCUGUAAGAAGAUAAUUAUUUCAAUAAAACUGAAUAAUCUUCAA